AUGAAUGCCGCCGAUUGUUCCGUAAAUAAUAAUCCAUUAGUUCAUUUGAAUAAGCAUACUCAACAAAAUGAACAUAAUCUAUUACCUCAUAGGGGUGAUUUGGGUGUAGGAUCAUCAAAUGCGUUGAUAAAUCCUUCUGCAUCAUUAAAGUCUUCUCAGAAUAUAGUAUCAGAGAGAAAUUUAAGGGAAAUUAAUAAUUUUCAAAAUGGCUCAAUUAAUAAUAUGGGAUCUAUGAAAUUUGGACAAGCACCGAUAAGAACAGAUACUGGAUCAAAUUGGAAUGCAUUUAAUCAAGUAAAUCAACAAACUUUACCAGCCCAUUUUGUAGAGAAUUUACCUGUCAAUAAACAAUGGUCUGAUGAGUUUAAGACUAACAAUCAUAAAGGAAAUUUUAUGGAGAGACAACCUUCUGGGAAAGUUUUCCAAAAUAAUCUGAAUUCGAACAUUACUAAUUUUAGAUCUCCUAUGUUUCAAAAUGUAGUUCCUCAAGAUUAUAGAUCACGCACUGGUACAACGUCUACUUUACAACAGAACUCUCAACUAAAUCAAAAACAAGAAGUGGAAACAGAUUGGGAUCAACAGUUUGGUGAUCUUGAAAGGGAGGUAUCUCAAAACUUAAAAAUAGAUGAGAAUGUGAAAGAAGUUGAAGGAAGUACACAAAGGAACGAUUCAUCCAUAGACAUAAAUGACGUUUCCGAAGACAUCAUUAUUGAUGAUACAUACCAGGCUGAUUUUCAGAAAGUUUGGGAUGAUAUUCAUGCCGACGGUGAGGAUUUUAUGCCAGAUAGAUCGAAAUAUAUGUUAAGCAGAAUGACGGGAAAUCUACAUUAUGAAUUUGAAGACUCAAAAAACGAAUAUUUAAAUAAUCCAAAUGCUUAUAAGAUAGGUUGUAUACUAAUGGAAAAUGGUGCAAAAUUAAGCGAAGCUGCAAUGGCCUUUGAAGCAGCGGUUCAGGAGACUCCUGAUCAUAUAGAUGCAUGGUUAAAAUUAGGAUUAGUGCAAAUUCAAAAUGAGAAAGAAUUGAACGGUAUUUGUGCGUUAGAGAAAUGUUUAAAACUAGAUGGUAAAAAUCUAGAGGCUAUGAAAACUUUGGCCAUCAGUUAUAUUAAUGAAGGUUAUGAUAUGAGUGCGCUCACUAUAUUAAAUCAAUGGAUAAGCACAAAAUAUCCAAACAUUGAACUUACUACGGGCCUUAAUAAUGAAAAAGACAGUGUAUUGAUAGAUGAAACUUUGGAAGAAAAUACAAAAAUUGGAGAAAAGAUUAAACAAAAAUUCUUAGCUUUAUCUAAACAGUUACCGCAAGUAGAUCCAGAUGUCGAAUUAUGCUUGGGACUUCUUUAUUAUGCUGAUGACAAUUAUGAUGUGACGAUAGAUUGUUUCAAUAGGGCAUUAAAAGCUAAUCCUAACGAUGAAUCGAUGUGGAACCGUUUAGGGGCUGCAUUAGCCAACUCGAAUAGGUCGGAAGAAUCAAUCACAGCAUAUCAUAAAGCAUUAAAUCUAAAACCUUCAUUUGUAAGAGCCCGUUACAAUCUAGCUGUAUCAUGUAUGAAUAUAGGUUGUUACAAAGAAUCAGCUGAACAUCUGUUGACAACUUUGUCCAUGCACGAAGUUGAAGGAGAAAAAUUUAAACAAGGUCAUGAAUAUAAUAGUUGGAAUAAUGAUAAUAUUAUCGAAACUCUAAAGAGAGUGUUUGUUGCCAUGAAUAGGAACGACCUUUUAGAGAAAGUUCAACCAGGUAUGGAUUUAAAGCAAUUCAAAGGUGAAUUUGCAUUUUAG